UCCUGCACACCUGCUGAUCUGUAUGAAUGUGUCCAGAGUACGUGAUGGAGCCUGAUUGGUCCACGCAGGAUGAGAGAUGACAGAUAAUAAAGAACAUUUAAAAACGAGCAACACUGUGACUCAGACGCCGGAGAAGUGGACCGAGAAGGAAGACCACGAUGAAGAGUUUGAUCCCUCUGCUCGUCUUGGCGUCAGCAGUUGCUGGUGCUGUGGACAUCCAGAAAAGAAUAUAUGGUGGAAGGGAUUGCCUUGAAAGCGAAGGUCAGCACUACGUGGUCCUGACUGAGAGGAACGGUCAUUUUGAGGGCAGGUUCUGUGGAGGGAAUCUGAUCAGUCCAGACUGGGUCCUCACUGCUGGACACUGUAAUAAACCGGAGUUUGAUGUGCUUUUGGGCAAACAUUUACCUGGAUCGAAAGUACUGCUAGAAAUCACCUCACAGAAUGAAAGGCAUGUCUAUAAAGCUAAUGGUCACGAUCAUGACAUCAUGCUUUUUAAACUGCCCACUUAUUUCAAUAAGGGAUCUCACAUUUACAUCUCACUCCCUGGUACUGUUACUGCUGCUGGUGUUACAUGUAAAUCACCUACUGCUAAUGGCCAACCCUACACUAUUAUGGGAUGGUCCUACACAGCUACUGACGCUCAGAAUGUAAAAAACCAGAAGAGAGCGGUUGAACUGCAGUGUGGAACCGUUCUCCUGCGUAAAGACUGCACUGGUCGUAACCUCACUAUCCGUAACCUUGACGAAAAAGGACAUAAAUACAUAAAAGAACAUAUGCUGUGUUCUGAUAUCCCCGAAAACUGUCAAACCUGCAAGACCAAACCCUGUGAAUCCUGCGAGGGGGACUCUGGCGGCAGUCUGGUGCAGAAAGAAGUUAAGGAUGCCAAGAUCAAUGACGUUUUGGUUGGAGUGACUGUUGCUGGUUCCCGUAAACCCUCAGGGUUGUCUUUCUACAUGGACGUCUGUGCCUACAGGCAGUGGAUUCACACUGUAACUGGCAUCUAAACUUGUCUGUAACUGACCAAAGGUCAGUCAGUACUGUGACACUGUCUGACAAU